UUGAACGCUUUAUUAUGUGUUCAUUUAAAAUGACGUACCCUUAGUUUGACAGACAAGCAGAGGGGGACCGGUUUUCAGACACCCUAGUGUAAUGAGUGUUUUACAAGGAUAAAUGUUAAAGUGAAUGGUUUAAGUCAAAUAAUCAGAGGAAUGUGCUAUCAGCUCUCCACAACAAAAGAGGUGGCAGCAGUGGACACGUUGUGCUUAAUCAUUUAUAGAGGGUCAACAAACAGCAGUUUCGAAUGGAAGAUGGGUUAUGAAAUGUUUGACUGAAGAAAUGCUGUCUGGUUUACGUAAUCCCAGUGAUGCAAUCUUCACACUAGCUUUCAUCAAUUAGCAACAGCACAUUUUGCACGUUGGAUAAGGCCAACGAGGGCCAUUUCUGUCUCCGAGCGGCAACACUAACACCUGUGGACAGGAUGGAGAACGACACUGAGUCCAGAAAGCUGAACGGCCAGCCUGAGGAUCCCACAGCCCUUUCAAAACCCAAAGAGAGCAUGCAGCUCAAAAAGGAAAUCUCUCUCCUGAACGGCGUCAGCCUCAUCGUGGGGAACAUGAUUGGCUCGGGCAUAUUCGUGUCGCCGAAGGGCGUUCUGAUCUACAGCGCCUCCUAUGGACUGUCUCUAGUUAUCUGGGUCAUCGGUGGCAUCUUUUCAGUAGUGGGGGCUCUCUGCUACGCCGAGCUGGGCACGACAAUCACUAAGUCCGGUGCCAGCUACGCCUACAUCCUAGAGUCGUUCGGAGGCUUCAUAGCAUUUAUACGUCUGUGGACAUCACUACUUAUCAUUGAACCAACAAGCCAGGCCGUAAUUGCCAUAACUUUUGCAAACUACUUGGUUCAGCCACUCUUCCCCACCUGCGAGCCUCCGUAUUCUGCUUCUCGGCUCAUUGCCGCAGCCUGUAUUUGCCUGCUGACCUUUAUUAAUGCUGCUUAUGUCAAGUGGGGUACCAGAGUGCAGGAUGUCUUCACUUACGCCAAAGUGCUGGCCCUUAUCGUCAUUAUCAUCACGGGGAUAGUGAAACUAUGCUAUGGUUUCUCAAUGAACUUUGAGGAUGCUUUCCAAGGCUCAUCUCGUGACCCAGGAGAUAUUGCUUUGGCGUUGUACUCUGCUCUUUUCUCAUACUCAGGCUGGGACACGCUUAACUUUGUCACAGAAGAGAUUAAGAACCCUGAAAGGAACCUUCCUCUCUCCAUUGCAAUCUCCAUGCCGAUUGUCACGAUCAUCUACAUCCUCACAAACGUGGCCUAUUAUGCUGUGCUGGACAUGAGUGCCAUCCUCGCCAGCGACGCUGUCGCUGUGACAUUUGCAGACCACACUUUGGGAGUGAUGAGUUGGACCAUCCCAAUUGCGGUUGCUUUAUCAUGUUACGGAGGCCUUAAUGCUUCCAUCAUUGCUGCAUCCAGGUUGUUUUUUGUGGGAGCUCGGGAAGGUCAUCUUCCAGAUGCUUUGUCUAUGAUUCACGUGGAGAGAUUCACACCAGUUCCUGCUCUGCUAUUUAAUUGUGCCAUGGCUCUGAUCUAUCUUACAGUCGAGGAUGUUUUCCAGCUGAUUAACUAUUACAGCUUCAGUUACUGGUUUUUCGUUGGCCUGUCUAUUGCUGGGCAGAUCUACCUUCGCUGGAAGGAGCCAGACCGGCCCCGACCUUUGAAGUUGAGUCUGCUAUAUCCCAUCACCUUCUGCUUGUGUGUUGUGUUCCUGGUGGCAGUGCCACUUUAUUCUGACACACUCAACUCACUCAUUGGAAUUGCUAUUGCCCUCUCUGGAGUGCCUGUUUACUUCCUGGGUGUCUAUCUUCCAGAGUCCAAGCGCCCACCCAUCAUCACUAAACUAUUAUGUGCCAUCACCCGUUUCACCCAGUUCACCUGCUUUUGUGUGCUCACCGAGUUGGACACUGUUGACUAGAACACUUGCACCCCUUUGACCCCACUGGUUCGGGGGAGAAGAAACCAAGUAUCUGGAGAAACGGGAAAAAGAUCUUCCACACUUUUUUAAAGACACAGAUGCACUCUUAAUGUCACUACGUUGGAUUCUUCUUUAUUAUAAAAGGGUUCUGUUAAGGUCACGGUGCACUGCAGUAUUAGAAAUAUGACCUUAGGAACCAUACGGCUUGAAAAUGAAAGCCAUUUCAAAGCUCUGGUUUAUAAUGGUACUGGAGCGCUCAUGAUGCAAACAUCAUCUGUAUUCCUUUCAGAGAAAUGAGGAGAUAAACAGGAUGCAGUGGUUUGUGUGUGCCAUUAUGAAGAACAUGGGCACGAAUAAGGUUGUUUGUGUAACAUUUCCCCAUUUUUUUUUUUUUAUCUAACAUCGUUUUAUUUUAGAUUCUAGUUUUUAAAAUGACAGUUUGUCCACUUUUUAAGUGAAAGAGAUUUUAUUUUAUUUUCCCAUCUUCCUUACUGUCAUUAACUUUUGCACAACUGUUUCUGUCUUGGUCGGAGGUCAGUCCUGUAUAAUUGCCAACAUGCCUUAGCUGGUUUUUAGAGGAAAGGUGAUUGUAUGCUUUUAAACGUUCAGAUCUGCUGCUAUGCUUCUUCACAUGUAGUGAAGCAUCACGUUCGCUUGUGCGAGAGGUUAGGAAAGAAUAAAGAUGACGAGUAUAUCAAAUGUGCUGGAAACAUUUGUCGACUAAAUCUAGGAAGUUACAUCAACUGUUCUUGGUUUGGACCUCUUUCAGGUGUUCCUGAAUUCCGUUAACUUCAAUUUCAGAUAUUUCACUGAAAAAUAAAAAAACCCUACUGUCCAAAUGAAUUCAUGUUACAGUACUACAUGUCAUGAACGUUGCUGUUGAAUAUUUCAGUUUAAAUAAAUUCAGUUUUAAAUGUCCAUUGAAGCAAUACAUUUGUUACCAGUAUUCUCAGGAUCUAAGUCCAGAUGUGAUUUUUAAAACAGGUCACUCUGAUAAAAGUUUACUUUGUAGCAUGAAACACACUGAACAGCUUUCAAACUACUGUUAUGCCUUUGUGUGCAAUUGUUUCUAUUAAUUUAUUUUAAAGAAUAUCAAUAAAACUUUUUCCUACAAG